AUGAAACUUGUUUUAUUACUUUUAUUAGUUUUAAAUAUAAAUUUUUUAAAUUCAGAAAAUAUUGAAUUUUUACAUGGAACCAAUGGAAAUUAUUUAAAUCCAAACUCAUGGUCAUUAAAUAGAGUACCAGGCCCAAAUGAUGAUGCCAGUAUUAGUAACUCAUAUGUUUCUCUAGAGGGUGCAAGCUCAUUAGAAAUGCCAAAUUCAUUAGUUGUUCAAGAUAAUAGUGUUUUUGAUAUCUCGCAAUCCGAACUUGUAAACUAUUAUAAUUCAAGCAUUUUAUUCUCAGACUCAUCAUUAAGUUUCACAUCGGUUAAAUUUACAACAACAGAAUCAGAAAUCACCUUUAAUUUUGUUGAUGUUAUUGUCCAAAAUAGUUUAACAUUUGAAAAUGCAAAACAAGUUGAAUUUGUUGAUACCCUUUUAGUUGCUCGUGAUGGUAAUAUUCAAAUUUCAAACUCAACACUUAAAAUUACUGGUUCUUCUAAUCUUGUUUCAGAUAUAUCAAUUGACCAACAUUCAGUUUUAAUAUUUUCUCAUAAUUAUCCCAGAGAACUUGGUACCCCUGCCUCAACAUUCAUUGAUGUCUAUGGUGAUUUAAUUAUUAAUAAUUCAGAACUCAACAAAAAGGUUAAUUUUACUAUAUCAUCCCAAUCCUCAAAUAUUUUAAUUAAUGGUGGUUCAUAUGUUGAUAUUUCAGAAGAAAAAACUCAAUUUAAUACACCAGCAACUAUUUAUAUUGAUGAAGGUUCAGUUAUUUCAAUUGAUAACUAUAUAUUUAAAAAUAGUUUAAAUGUUAGAGGUGGUUCAAGUUUUAUUUUCAAGAAUUCUCAAUUCUACUAUGAGCCAUCACAUCACUAUUUCGCACCAGGAACUCCAUUAAAUUUUGAACACUCUGUCUUAUAUCUUGGUAAUUCUGGGGGUGCUGGAUUGGGUAACACCAAUACUAUAUUUUAUAGUAACACUAUUGUUAAAAUUCAAAGUUUAUCUGUUCAAUUGGGUGUUGUAGAUAUGCAGUAUGCCUCAAUUGAAACCGACUCAUUUUAUUAUAGUUUCCCAAUUUGGAUCUAUGCCCACUCAUUAACCGUCACCUUUGGUAGUCUUGAUUUAGGUUCCAUAUCAGUCUAUCCAACUAUUCAAUCCUCACUCCCAGUUUUAAUUGGUUAUUCCGCCUCAAUAUAUGGCAAUGGCAAAGUUAAUUCAGAUAUUUACGUGUAUGGUAAUUUUUCUCAAAUAGAUAAAACCUCUAAAAUCGACAUCAAUGGUUCAUUAGUCUUAUCACCAUAUACUAACUUUAAUGUCAGAAUUAACUCACUUAAUUCAUUUACCAAAGUAAAUGUAGCCCAGUUUGUCGAUUUAGAUGAUGCAAUUUUAAAUAUCUCAAUCAAUGAUACCUCCGUUGAAAGAGGCGUACCUUUUACUUUUAUCAAAUACUUCGAUGCAUUUGAAAACUCAACUCUUUUCAGCCAAGCAUUUGUUUCCUUUGAUAAUGAAGAAAUUACAUAUUCAUUAUCAUGUUAUAUAAAUAACUGUACAAUUAUUUUUAUUCAACCAAAUACUGGUAGCUCAAGUGAGUCUUCAUCAAGCAACAGUGGAGGUUCAAGUGAAUCCUCAUCAGGUAGCUACAGUGAAAAUUCAUCAAGCAACAAUGGUAGCUCAAGUGAGUCUUCAUCAAGCAACAGUGGAGGUUCAAGUGAAUCCUCAUUAGGUAGCAAUAGUGAAAAUUCAUCAUCAGGAGGCAACAGUGAAUCCUCAUCAAGUAGUAAUGGUAGCUCAAGUGAAUCCUCAUCAUCAUGGAGCUCAUCAUCAUGGAGCUCAUCAUCAUGGGAAUCAUCAUGGAGCUCUAGUGAAUCCUCAUCAAGUAGUGGCAUCUCAAGUGAAUCUUCAUCAAAUAGCAAUGGUAACUCAAGUGAAUCUUCAUCAUCAUGGAGCUCAUCAUCAUGGGAAUCAUCAUCAUCAUCAUGGGAACCAAAUUCAAGUGAACAAUCAUCAUCUUCAUGGGAAUCAUCUUCAUCAGAAGAUUUUUCUAUUAUUUGUACUUUUAAUCCAAUUUCAUAUGUAUUACAUGUUGUAAAUCAUGCAUAUAAAUCAGAAGAUGAUUUUAGUAUUGUUUGCACUGGCAGAGGUAAAACAAAAUGUUUUAAUGACCAUUUCGCAUGUAAAACCGGAACUAAUCAAUCCUCAGUAGUUUGUGAAACCAAUAAAGAAAUUACAUGUAUUGGUUUAGAUGUUAAAUGCAACAUUUUAAAUAAAUUUAAAUGUGAAACUAUUCCACCAACCAGUCCAGUUGAAACAGCCACUCCACUACCAACCACAACCCCUUCAAUAACUCCAUCAACUUUACCAACAAAUCAAACUUGUAGUAAUAUUAUUCCAAACUCUUAUUGUUGGAAUGGUAAAGUUUAUUGUUACCCACCUUACAGUGGUUCUAAUUGUGAUAUCGUAAAUGUUCAAGAAAUUAAAUCAACUAAAGACGAAAAUAAUAACAGUAACAAUAACCACAACAAUAACUCAUCAUCCAAAAUUUCAAUUUUCACUUCCUCUUCAAUUAUAUUAAUUAUCAUGUUACUCUUACUUUGA